CAAAUAUAACGGAUAAAAAAAUGCCAAAUAUAACGCUAAUAUAACGGUUAACUUAAGCGUUAGAUUUUUUUGUUUAUUUUGGCGUUAGUUUUUUUUUAAAUGAUCUUAUCAAGUUCCAAUUUUCAAACCCUCUAAAGCAAAGAAACUGGUUUCCUAAGAAGAGAUAGUUGGGUGUGUUGAAAAUAACUCAAUUUUUGGUGUCUUUAAAAAUUAAAAACUGUAAAUUAUAAUUAACAAAAUAAAACAAAGUUAUGAUCAAAUGUUGUGAUAAUGCAUCCAACAGAACCCAACACUACUGUUCUUCAAUUUAUUGAAUCGGAUGAUUUACAGGUUUUACAAAAAGAAAAUGAAAGUCUUCGCACGAUAACUUUUAUAACAUGCAUUGCUGUUAUUACGUUUGGUGCUAUUGGAAACGGAUUAGUUGUUCUUAUAUUGGGAACUCGUAAACCAAAACUAAAAUCAUUUGAAUAUUUUAUGAUAAGUUUGGCUGUGUCAGAUUUUUUAAAUGCUGUUGUGGUACCUACCCAAAAUAUUCUUGAGCUAAUCAAUUUUGAUUUUAGAAAAAUUGGAUUGUGUGGCUGUAAAUUUAUAUCGUUUAUUAGUUUUACAAGUUUGACUGUUACAGCUUUGACUUUAGUAACAGUUUCCGUUGAUCGCUUUUGGGCAAUCAGGUGGCCGUUGCGUAAGCGGCUUCAUCAAAAACGUAUUGUAAUUGUGGCUAUAUUAAGUACAUGGGUUGCUGCUUCUGUUUUUGGUAGUAUUUAUUUUGUUGGUAACAAUGUAUGCUUAAACUCUGUAAAUAACAAUACAGUGUAUGAAUGUUAUACUUGCAUGAAACAAAGUGAGUUUUCCAUCUUUGUAUUAUCUGGUUUUACAGUUCAAACAGGAAUACCUAUAGUUCUAAUGACUGUGCUGUAUGUUCUGAUAGUAAUUGAGUUAAGAAAUAAAUCAAAAAUGAAGCGCUUUGUAAGCGAUAAACAAGAAAUGAAACUUCGUUUAAUACAAAAUACAAAGUCUACUAAAAUGGUAGUCACUGUAGUUGUAAUCUUUUAUAUCUGCUUUCUGCCUAUUAACUUGUUCUACUUGUGGUACAUGUUUCAUAAACAUAAACAUUUAAUUCAAGAGAUCAAAAUCAUUUUUGAUAUAUUGACACUAUUACAGAUGUGCACCAGUGUAGCAAAUCCGAUCAUUUAUAGUCGAUUGCAUACAACUUUUAAAAGAGAAAUUAUAAAAUUAAUCUGCCCGUGUUGCUACGACAAGUCUAGAAAGAGUUUUUGGAUACGUAUCUCUUCGAUAAUUUCAACUGAAAAAACUUUAACAAGAAAUGAGACAAGUGAAAGACGUAGUUUACAAACAUUUUAAUGGCAUUUUUUGUAUCAAUUUAUAUAUAUACAUACA